CACACACACAAUGGCUCGAGUGGUCAGCUGCAGGUGACAGGAGACAGAAGGACACUGGUGGUUUCUGACACUGGGGGGUGAAGCCUAUUUACUGUCACCAGUUGUUUCUCUCUGCCCAUCAGUGGUUGCAUAUCUCACCAGGCUGUAACAUCCACCACAGCAGACUCUGCAUGAUCAUGGCCAUAACCGACUUCCUAGCAGCUUCAGACAUCACUUCAGCCAUUAACGCUUGUAAAGGGAAGGAUUCCUUUAGCCCGAAGAUGUUUUUCAAAACAGUGGGUUUAUCCAAGAAAAAUCCGACAGAGGUCGAGAGGGUCUUUAAGAUUUUGGACCAGGACAAAAGUGGCUUCAUAGAACAGGAUGAGCUACAACUGUUCCUGCAGAAUUUCGCCAAAGGAGCGAGGCCCCUGACCGCAGCCGAGACCAGAGCCUUCCUCCUGGAGGGAGACUCGGAUGGAGACGGGAAGAUCGGCUGGGAAGAGUUUUCAGCGCUGGUCAAGUCUUCAUAAAGCCUGCCCCAUCUCUCACAUGAUUAUGAUGAUCUCAGGAUGGGCCUUUUUUUUAAAUAAUCACCUGGACUCAUCCAGGGAUCUUAUGUGUUUAGAGCCAUACAAUCAACUAUGUCAUAGUUUCAAUGAAAACAAUGUAAUAAAGUAACUGAUGUAAAACACAAAUGAAACCUUGCCUCUCUGCUAUGUGUCUUUCUCUGCCAGAAGAGUUUACAAAUAAACCUCAUUC